UGAAUUUAGUGAAUAGUGUGGGCAUGUGAGGACGCGUCAAAUUUGUUCAUACCAAAACGCGUGGCCCAACAGCUUUCAAUUCCAACCAUCAACUCCCACAUUGCCAUUUUUUUUAUUUUUUUUUUACCCGCGAAAAAAAAUAAAACAAAAAAUCUCCAUCCUUAAAAUCCGCAAUCACCAAAAAGGAAAAAAAAAAAAGAAAAAAAGAGUGGUGUUUGGAAGUGAGUGGGGGGUGGUGAUGGAAGGAGAAGGAAGCAGAAAAGGAGAGAAGAAGCGUGUAUUGAUGAUGAUGAUGAUGGAUGGGGAAAAUGGAAAUGGAAAUGGAAAUGGGAUUGAAAUGGUGAAUGAAAUGGUGGAUAUGAUUGAGAAAGCAGGAUCCUAUGUCGGUUUCAGAAACACACAUAAGAAAGAGUGUAUCAACUUAGUGAGGAGGUUGAAGCUUCUUAUGCCUCUGCUCGAAGAGAUUAAAGAUAUGAUGAUCAUCAUCAUCACCACUCAUCAUCAACCUGAUGACAACGAUGCUGAGCUGGCUUGCUGGUUGCUUCAUCUCAAGAAAUCUCUUUCGUCUUCAACCAAACUGCUCAAGACCUGCUACUCCGCCAGCAAGAUUUUUCUUGCACUGGAGAGUGAGGCAGUGAUGAGCAGAUUUCAUUCUGUUUAUGACAAGAUAAACCAAUCACUCAACGAUAUGCCCCGUCAUAAGCUUCCCAUCUCUGAGGAAGUUCAAGAACAAGUGGAGCUAAUGCACAUGCAACUGACCAGAGCUCAAAGGAGGACAGAAUCACAGGAUAUGGAACUCGCUAUGGAUAUGAUGAUUGUCUUUUCUACAAACCACGACACCAAUGCUGACGAUGCCAUCAUCGAGAGACUAGCUAAGAAACUGGACUUGCAUACUUUGGCUGACCUCAGAUCUGAAUCUAUGGCUGUUGCAAAACUUGCCAAGUCCAAGGCUAAGUCUGGCGCCCAUAAUCAAGAAACUGUCCAGCAAGUUGUUCAUCUCCUGGCGAAGUUUAAGCAGAUAGCUGGUAUCGAUGAAAACAGUGUCCUCGAUGGCCCUGCCUCUGUGAAAAAAUGUUUGGAGAAGAGCAAAUCCUUGUUAAUACCUCAUGAAUUCCUCUGUCCAAUCAGCUUGGAGAUUAUGGCAGAUCCUGUUAUAAUUGCCACUGGACAGACUUAUGAACGAGAGAGCAUACAGAAGUGGUUGAAUUCAGGCCACAGAACAUGCCCCAAAACAGGACAAAAGCUUACUUACAUGGCAGUGGCUCCAAAUUUCGCCCUCCGUAAUCUCAUUCUGCAAUGGUGCGAAAAGAACAAUUACAAUCUGCCCAAGAAGGAAACUUGUGAUGAACCUGACAUUGCAUCUUCUCCCCUUGCCGAGGAAGUUUCUUCCUUGAUCCAAGAUCUGUACUCGUCCCAUGUGAACGUGCAGCGAGAUGCCAUUGUCAGAAUUCGCAUGCUCUCCAAAGAGUCUCCCGAUAGUAGAAUCAUGAUUGCCAACAGUGGAGGCAUCCCACCUUUGGUAUAUCUCUUGUCAUGCACAGAUUCUGAAAUCCAACAGCACAUUGUCACUGCUCUUCUGAACUUAUCGCUCGAUGAGGCAAACAAGAGAAUCAUAGCUAGAGAAGGAGCCAUACCUGUUAUCAUCCAAGUUUUGCGAAAUGGAACAGAAGAGGCCAAAGAAAAUUCCGCUGCAGCUUUAUUCAGUUUGUCAGUUCUCGAAGAGAACAAAGUUCUAGUGGGUUGCUCCAAUGGGAUUCCACCUCUCAUUGAUCUCUUACGAAAUGGAACAAACAGAGGGAAAAAGGAUGCGGUAACUGCACUAUUCAGCUUGGUCCUCAACCAAGCAAACAGAUCGAGGGCGAUCAAGACGGGCAUAAUACCUCCAUUGCUUCACCUGCUUGAAGACAAGACUUUGGACAUGGUUGAUGAAGCCUUGUCGAUUUUGUUACUUAUAGCUUCACAUCCUGAAGGUAGAAAUGAAAUUGGAGGACUAUCUUUUAUACAAACUCUGGUUGAAAUUGUUCGAGAUGGGACUCCAAAGAACAAGGAAUGUGCUACAGCUGUUAUACUGGAGUUGGGAUCAAAUAAUUCGUCUUCUCUGCUGGCUGCACUGCAAUAUGGUGUUUAUGAUCAUUUAAUGGAGAUUACAAGAUGUGGCACUACCAGAGCACGAAGAAAAGCAAAUUCCCUUUUGCACCUGAUGAGUAAGAAUGAGCACAUACCUUUAAUUCAUCGCAAGUAAUGGUCGUUCCUUGCUUUUCAGCACAAAAGUGUACCUCCCUGCCUUUGAAACGCUUGACAACUACAUACAAAUAUGUAAUCACAAGGAAAUUUGAACUUCUGA